UCAAUAGAGCAACUGUCGACGAAAUUAGAGAGGCAGAGAGUCAAAAUCCUGUCAACAAAACCGCUUCGCUCGCCAAAUUUUCUACGUUAUCGAAUCAGACAGCUGAAAUUCCAGCCAAUCCCAGUUCGAGAUUCCUUCACACUCACCGAAAGAUCGACUCUUUACGAAGACCCAGGUCGACGGAUCUCGUGUUAAUGGCGGCGAGUCACGCGGCGGCAUUGAAGGUCGGGCUAGCUUUGCUGGGGCUGAGCAUGGUGGGUUACAUUCUUGGUCCUCCUCUCUACUGGCAUCUCACUGAGGCUUUGGCCGCCGUUAGCCAUUCCUCCGCCGUUUCAGCCUCCUCUUGUCCUCUCUGCACCUGUGAUUGCUCUUCCCAGCCUCUUCUCACGAUUCCUAAAGAACUAAGCAAUGUUUCUUUUGCUGAUUGCGCGAAGCAUGAUCCAGAGAUGAACGAAGACACCGAGAAGAACUAUGCUGAGCUUCUAACCGAUGAGCUGAAGCUUCGUGAAGCAGAAUCUUUAGAAAAACACAAACGAGCAGACAUGGGGCUAUUAGAGGCCAAGAAGGUAACUUCGUCAUACCAAAAGGAAGCAGAUAAGUGCAAUUCGGGUAUGGAAACAUGUGAAGAAGCUAGGGAAAAAGCGGAAUUAGCACUCGCCGAGCAGAAAAAACUAACAUCUAAGUGGGAAGAGAGAGCUCGUCAAAAAGGAUGGAGAGAAGGAGCCACCAAGUCAAAUGGCUAAAACCAAAUGCAAUGUUCAGGUUGCUUAGGAAACUCUAGGAUUCAGUAAAAGGGAUCUUAGUUCUACUCGUGUAAUUGUGAAUCGGUGUUUUAACAAUGUUAAUGCCAACUAUUAGUGAACUUUGCAACAAAACAAUAGCAAAUUGUAUGCUUCUUUAAGAAAUACGCAUAUUGUGUAGCUCAUAUAGAUCAAUAAA